AUGUCGGUGGCGGCCAGCUUGAUCCUCCUCCUCUUCUUGUCCUCUCGAGUUUCUCCAUCAAAUUCUACUUCUUCGUCCUCGCCAAUUAACACUACUGCUGCUUCAUCGAUCACUCAAGCCCAAGAUCAAGCUCCAUGGCUGCACCGGGACGAUGAGUUUUGCCUCAAUCUCACAGCCUCCCCAGAUCUCGAGAAGUUCGUGGACGCGCUCCCAACAAUUCCGGUGAUCUCCCUGUUCAGGAACCCCAGGAUCACAAUCGGAGCCUACAAGAUCACCCAGAAACUCCACAGGGACCUCCCACCCACGACGCUCUACGCCUUUGGUACCAGCCAGUCAACGGCCACGUACCCCGGCCCAACGCUGGUCGCCCAGCAGGGUCAAACCGCGUGGGUUCGCUGGGAGAACCACAUCCCCGACGUGGAGCCCAUGCUGCCGUUGGAUCGGAGCCUAGACUGGGCGAAUCCACGGCUGGGCGGCGUGCCGCACGUUGUCCACAACCACGGUCAAGAGGACCCGCCCUGGUCGGACGGUCACCCCCAGGCGUGGUUCACCCCACUUGGGGAGCACGGCCCCAGUUACGUCACUCAGGACUACGUCUACCCGAACGAGCAGCUCCCCACCACGCUGUGGUACCACGACCAUACGUACGGGAUCACGCGGCUUAACAUCGCCGCGGGGCUCGUGGGGGUAUAUCUGGUGGAAUCUUCCGCGUUGACUCCUUCGUGGGUUCCUCGCGAGUACCAUACAUUGCUCAUCCAAGACAAGGCGUUCUUUGCGGAUGGAGGGAUUAAGUAUCCCAGCGUGGGGAUCAACCCUAGCGUCCACCCGGUGUGGUGCCCGGAUUACUUUGGCGAUGUGGUGCUAGUUAAUGGCAAGGCCUGGCCGUAUCUCAAUGUUUAUCCCAGGAUCUAUAGGUUCCGGCUCGUCAACGCUGCCAAUUCCAAGUUUUUCGUUCUCACGCUGAGCGACGAUUCCUUGCGUUUUAUCAAGAUUGGAUCCGACAGUACUUUCCUGCGAACUCCAAUCUCCCAAAGCACCAUGCGAAUCGCACCAGCCGAGCGCUGGGACUUUGUCAUUGACUUCUCCCGCGUUCGUCCCGGAGGCACGAUCGAGAUGCGCAACAUCGGCGCCACUCCAUUCCCAGCCGGACCCCCAGCAAACCAGAGCGUCAUGCUCUUCCGGGUCGUCCAUGAGCCCGAACGGAAGAACCCACCAGCCAGCAACUUCCCAGCUCCAAUCCCGGUGGAAAAUCUCUUGCAGAUGCCUCCAGCUCGCAUGAUCGAGGAGACCACUGGCUUGAAACUCACAGACUCGGAGUGGUACCGCCUCUACAAUCGCCCAUUUGUGACAAGCGCCCAGUUCGACUCGGGUAUGGGUCUCACCGGGCUUUUCCUCCAGGAUCACCUCCACUUUAACGAUCCGGCUACUGAGGUUAUGAAGCUCUACUCCGACGAAGUUUGGGUUUUCAUCAAUGUCCUCCAGACCAGCCAUCCAAUUCAUCUCCACCUCGUCAACUUUCUCAUAGUCGCUAGCCAAACUUUCAACGUUACAAGAUUUCUGGAGAACUCGUGUUCUUUCCACUUCGGCUACCCGGAUCCCAGGAGCUGCUACACGGCUCCACUCCAAGGGCCCGACCAGGAUCAACUCGGCCUCAAGGACACGGGCGUGAUCGCUGCUGGCACGGUUACGUGGUUUUACGUGACAGCAUCGCCAAACUAUGGCACCCGGUAUUCGUUUGAUCCCACCGCGUCUCCUCACUACAUUUGGCACUGCCACCUGUUGGAGCACGAAGACAAUGAGAUGAUGCGACCAUUUGUCAUGUCUGAUACUCGGGCUUUGAUGGUUAAUGCGUCGUUCCCUCCACUGGAUAUCAUGAGGCAGUAUGGCUAA